AUGGCGGGCUCUGGCGAGUCUGUUACCACCGCCAACACAAACAACCCCUCACCGACGACAACCGCCGCCACCGUCAACACGGAGGAGGCCCAGAAGCGACCGAAUGGCACGCAUGCACCAGAUGCGACUGCACCACAACAACCUCCUGCAACUACGGCCAUGGCGAGCGAAAAACCGGAGUUCGACGAUUUCGGCCUACCCAUCAGACGAUACGUGCUACCGCCUCCCGAGGAAACCGAUCAGACGACCGAUUCCCAACCCGACCCGCAGGAGCUCGUAGCCGAGCCAACAGAAGACGGAAAGGAAGUGAACAGCACCAAAGAAACGAAGGCGACGGGAGACAAGAAUGCAGACGGCACUGAUGCCGAGUCAGAAAGUGACGAUGACUUCAGGGAUGCACAGUCCGAACAACCCGCCGCUGCCGCUGCCUCGGGAGCCAACUCGAAUACACCCUCAACGCCUACUGCGAAUCUGGACAACGACAAAAACCUAUACAAGCCGGCGCCGGCAAGUACGAACAAAGAAAGCGAGAGCCAGAAUGCCGCAGACAAGAGAGAAGAGAAGGGGGUGGUGGACCAGCCACGAGAGGUAACUGUCGAGAGGCCCAGUGCAGAGAAACGGUUGACAGCGGAAGACGAGGCAACGAAAGAGAUCGCAACGAGCAGAGACCAAAAUGUCGCGCUCAACGGAAAGGUCGAGGAGACGGAUGUGGUAGAGCCACAGCGGUCGGCGCCUGCUGUUAAACUGGACGGGAACCGACCAGAAUCUCCUGCGAAACUGGUCGAUAAGGCAGAUGAGCCUGAAACCAAGGCAGCCGAGUCUUCUUCUCCAAUUGCCCGUCACAAAAGAGAUAACAGCACCGCCAGCAAUGUGGUCAUGUCCGAGUUUUCGCACCAGCAGCUGACAUCGGAUAAAAAGGAGGAGGAAGACAAGGAGGAUACCGACUGGCAGGCGAUGCCAGCAUAUGCUCCCUAUGACAUUUAUGAUGACGACAACAGGCUGGUUGCAAAGGAGUACACGGCUGAAGAAGAGGAGGAAACAUACGGUUACGGUGGACUAGGAGGCGCAGGGAAAGGAUAUACCCGAGUGAUCAUGGACGACGACGCCGAAUCAGCAACGAGUAUGGACGACAAUACCCAGUACCUCUUCAAAGAAGUCAAUGGUACGAGCAUUGGCGAAGACGACAGCGAGGCACGUGAUGCCGUAUCUCAGAUGCAGGCGACCAAGGACCUGCUCACCGAAGGGCAGAGAAUCGCCUACGUGGGACUGACGAGACUGGAGAUCCACAACAUGGUUAAGGAGGCCGAGAGUGUCGAACACACAAGGUCUACGAAGAAGGAGGUCAACAUGUCCGCCGAAUCAACCAAGAUGUGGGGACAGAAGAUGAUGGUCCGUCUGUACUCUCACAUGGACAUCAGCUCCGCAGAGCAGAUCAUGGUCGAGCAACUGAGCGACCACGGCGUCGUGCCCUCCGACUUGACACCGAUAUUGAUGGCCAAUGCACGGGUCAAAAAUCCCAUGGCUGAGGAUGAAGCCCGGAGUUCAGUGUCACUCUCGUCGCCCAAGCCUCUCCCUCCCCCUUCACCGGCCCUCUCUCAGGACGAGAAGGCCGCCGAAGCCCCACCACCAUACAAAACUCAUGAGGGAGAAGAGUUGCCCUCUGUCAAGACCCCGGCCCAGAUGGUCACGUCUGACAAGAUUGAUAUCGACCUGCGGUGGACAGUACUAUGCGAUCUCUUUUUACUUUUAAUUGCCGACUCCGUAUAUGAUUGUCGGUCUAGAAUAUUGCUGGAGCGAGUCGGCAAGAGUCUCGAGAUUGAAUGGCUGGAUGUUAGAAAAUUCGAAAAGAAGGUGACGGAUGCGUUGGAAAUGCAGCAGGCCGCCGAGAAAGAGAACUGGAAUGAGGAUGAACACAUGGAGCACAGGAGGAAACAGGCUCUUAGGAAACGAUACAUGAUGAUGGGCUUGGCCACCGUCGGCGGCGGGCUGGUCAUCGGCUUGUCGGCUGGUCUACUUGCUCCUGUCAUUGGUGCUGGCUUGGCAGCCGGAUUCACCACUAUUGGAGUAACUGGCACGUCAACUUUCCUGGGAGGGGUCGGCGGGGCUGCUAUUAUCACAUCCAGCGCAGCAGCUUCUGGCAGCGUUAUUGGUGUUCGAGCCGCGAACAGACGAACGGGGGCCGUCAAGACCUUCGAGUACCGGCCGUUACACAACAACAAGCGAGUCCAUCUUGUGGUGACGGUGGCCGGAUGGAUGACGGGCAAAGUGGACGACGUUCGCUUGCCUUUCAGCACGGUGGACCCCAUCAUGGGUGACCUGUACUCGGUUUAUUGGGAGCCUGAAAUGCUAAGAAGUAUGGGUGACACCAUCAACAUUCUUGCGACGGAGGCUCUCACCCAAGGACUCCAGCAGGUCUUAGCAAGCACCAUUUUGACAAGUUUGAUGGCCGCCCUGUCGUUGCCGGUAGUCUUGACGAAGCUGGCGUACUUGAUUGACAACCCAUGGAGUGUCUCGCAAGACAGAGCUUGGGCUGCGGGUCUGAUUCUGGCGGAUUCACUAAUCGACAGAAACUUGGGAACCCGCCCAGUAACCCUUGUUGGAUAUUCACUCGGAUCGCGAGUAAUUUUCUCCUGCCUACUGGAGUUGGCGAGAAAGGGGGCAUACGGCGUGGUGCAGAACGUCUACCUGUUUGGAUCGCCCCUGAUCAUCAAGAAAGAUGAGUACCUACGAGCACGCACUGUCGUACCCGGGAGGUUCGUGAACGGAUACAGCAGCAACGACUGGAUUCUUGCCUACCUCUUCCGGUUAACCGGCGGUGGCCCUCGCAAAGUGGCCGGUUUGACCGCCAUUGAAGAGCUGCCGUGGAUUGAAAAUUUUGACGUGACGGAGUUCGUCAAGGGGCACAUGGAAUACCGGAAGGCCAUGCCACGUCUCCUCCGGGAAUGCGGCUGGCUCGUGGAGAGCGACGAGUUUAGCGAAAUCGAGGACCCGGACCCGGAGAACCAUCAGGAGCGCCAGCGCGAACUCAUCAACGAAAUUGAGGAGGCCCGUAAGGAGCUCGAAAGGGAAGGGCAGAAGAAGAAAAGCAGAUUCUCUAUCUUCGGACGGGGGAAGAAGACCGACAAGGAAAAAUGGGAGAUCUAUGAAGACUCGACCAAAGACGGAAGCAAGCCGAACCCGAGGACGGAAGACAAGGAGGGUAACAACCACGGUGUCCUGUUCGACGUCGAAGCCAUCCGAGCCGAGCUAGCAAAGGAGAAGAACACAUCGACGCAGGAGGAUCCCGAGGAGUUCCAAGUGAAGGAGCUGAAGUCUACGCUUCCGCCGAUGAAGCUUGACUUGAAUUCGUCAAACUCAUCGCUGAACCCGCGGGACAAUCUGCGCGAAACAAAGAGCGCAUACGCUGUGCCGAAUCGUGCAUCGUACGAGACCACAGGCUCGUACUCUUACACGCCGGAGCGGACACCGACGUUCCGCUCGAGCCAGACGUUCUCGCCGACGCAGAGGGCCUUGUCGCCAUACCACGCGGCGCCGUCCCCACUCGAGGAGGAGGUUGAGAUGACGUUCGACACCUCUUUCCACGACCCGCCGCCGGCGCCGCGGCCUCCCCCGAAAGAUGAUCCUCCUACACGGCCCGAGAUGAAGUCGGCGCAGACAGUCCCUAAUAUGACGGCGUCGAACCCAUGGGCAGAUAUCGACGACGAAGAUGACUUUGGGAAGGAGAAGGAGAUACAAAUGACUUUUGCAUAA